GGUGCUAUCUGUUUUACAGAUGGACCUGAUGGUAUGGAAAUCAAGGGUCCAACUGAAAUAGAAGUAGGACAGAAGUUUACAUUGACCUGCUCUGCUGACUCCAACCCCCCUGCUAGUUACACCUGGAUGCACAAUGAGACAGAGAUACCAGGACAUUCACCUGAGUUCACUAAAGAGAAGAGUGAAUACUCUGACAGUGGGAAUUACACCUGUACAGCAACAAUUGAUGUCAUUGCAAUUAAAACAUCUGUGGUCCAUAAACUGUCAGUAAAAGCGGAGGGCUCUCUAACUCCAGGUCUGUCUGCUGGUGCCAUUGCUGGGAUUGUGAUUGGAGUAUUGCUGGUUGUGGGAGUGGCAGUUGGUGUGGCAGUCUACUUCAUGAAGAAAAAAGGUUUCUUCAAGAAGGAAUCCUCCAUUGAAAUGAGUGUUGGCAACAGUAAGUAUGAGCUCUGUGUCUCACAUACAUUCAUUGAUUUAGUAAAUAAUGUAUAUGCCCACUUAAUGACCUUCUGAUCUCCAUCCACUUCUGCUCUGUCUACUACCACUAGUAGUAAAUGGAUCUCCAUAUGUCUACACACACAACGUUGUUUCCACAUCAUUUCAAUUAAAUUACGUUGAACCAACAUGGAAUAUAUGUUGAAUUGACGUCUGUGCCCAGUUGGUCUGUUCCCAGCUCUCUAAAUACUUAAUCUCCUCUGUCUACGUAUGCAAGCAAUUUCUCGGGUCCUGUUCACCAUAACUUUCUACACAGACACACAAAAUAUAAACUAACGAUAACCUACUAAUGUGAAGCUUCAUGCCUGUAAUCUAAGGCAAUACUUUCAAUGAAGGUGUGUGUAUCAAAUCAAAGUUGAUCGCUGCUUCAGGAUUGUGAAGCCUAUAUACUGUAAACUACAGUCCCAUCUCUAACUGCUGUUUGUGUGUCAUCUCAGCAGGUAAAAGCUCUGCUAAUGGACGGGGACCAGGAGGAAACCAGGUACUAUGAACUGUCAUGUCAUGCAUUUAACUUUCAUGUAUUUCUGUUUUCCUAGCUUCCAUAGUACAUUUGUUUAUCUGAAAUGGAUGCAGGCUAAUAUGUAAUAUCAGUGUAUACUACAUCCAUUAUUGACAAUAUUGACAUACUGCAGGUGCACAGAUAAGCGACUGGCCUGCUUAUAUUCCUUUGAUUCUGCCAUUUUGAGUAGAAGAGCUGCACAUUGAGCUACCUGUACUGUAUUAUAGCUUGUCUGGCUAUCAGAGAUCCUGAUCAGAAUAGUAAAUAUCAGCGUUGUGUAAGACUGAAGAGAAUAAUGUAAUGACU